CGAGAUAACAGCAACAUAAUGGCACCAAAGAAAACUGAAGGCUGUGGAUGCUACGCUGCACCGCCCACUGUGUUUUAAAGUGUAAUAAUGAGAGUUGUGACUGUAGAGUAGGGGGUGGUUCCAAGAUGUUUGACUCUAUUUGGAGUUGUGUCCAUAGGAGCCCCCCCUUCCCCUCUCUCCUUGUACUCUCAGCAGAGAGUCUUUGGCAGCUCUUUCCUCACUCAGUCUGCACCAGGAUGGGUGAGCUUCGCCUUUUCUGGGUGUGUGUUUUCCUCUUUACUGCAAUAACAGGCAUAUGUGCCUCAAAUGUUUGCACGUCCAGAGGAGCUAGCACAUGUAAGCAGUGUCUGGCUGUGCACCCCAGCUGCGCCUGGUGCUUCCAGGAGGACUUUGGUCAGGGAGUUGCUACUUCCUCCCGCUGUGACCUGAAAAGUAACCUGGUGGCCGCAGGCUGCGCACCAUCAGCUCUGGAGUCUCCAACCAGCAGAAUGCAGGUGCUGGAAGACCGGCCCCUCAGCAACAAAGCAGCGGGGGCCACACAAGACGUCACUCAGAUAAAGCCACAGAGGCUGCACAUCACUCUCAGACCAGAUGAUGCCAAGCGCUUCACAGUGAAGGUGCGUCAGGUAGAAGACUACCCUGUGGAUCUCUACUACCUCAUGGACCUCUCCCACUCCAUGAAUGAUGACCUGUUCCGCCUGAAAACGUUGGGCAAAGGUCUGGCUGAGGCCAUGAACCGCACCACCAGCAAACUGCGCAUGGGCUUCGGGGCCUUCGUGGACAAGCCCCUGUCCCCUUACAUGUACAUCUCACCCAAAGAAGCUGUAAAGAACCCCUGCUACAGCAUCAACACCACCUGUCUGCCUCAGUUCGGCUACAAACAUGUCCUCUCCCUGACGGAAGAGGUGAGUCGCUUCGCAGAGGAGGUGAAAAAGCAGAUGGUGUCCAGAAACCGGGAUGCCCCAGAGGGAGGCUUUGAUGCCAUCAUCCAGGCUGCUGUUUGCAAGGAUGAGAUCGGAUGGCGACCCGGUGCUUCCCACCUCCUGAUCUUCACCUCUGAUGCCAAAACUCACGUGGCUCUGGAUGGACGACUGGCAGGAAUCGUACAACCCAACGACGGGAAGUGCCACCUCGACUCUGACAACGUGUACAGCAUGUCUACCACCAUGGAUUACCCUUCUCUGGCUCUGAUCACAGAGAAGAUGUCGGAGAACAACAUCAACCUCAUCUUCGCCGUCACCAACCCUGUGGUUCCUCUGUAUCAGAACUACAGUGAGCUGAUUCCUGGCACCACGGUGGGAAAACUGUCCAAUGACUCGGGCAACGUUAUUCAGCUCAUUCUUAAGGCCUAUGCCAAAAUCCGUUCCAAGGUAGAACUGGAACUCCAAGAUGUUCCCGAGGAGCUGUCGCUCUCCUUUAAUGCGACGUGCUUGAAUGGAGAGCUCAUCCCAGGUCUCAGGUCCUGCUCUGGAUUAAAAAUAGGAGACACGGUUUCCUUCAGUGUGGAGGCCAGAGCUCGCGGUUGCCCCAAACAGAAGAAGAAAACCUUCAUCAUCAAGCCGGUGGGUUUUAAGGACACCCUGUCCGUCACCGUCACGUUCGAGUGUGACUGCAAGUGCCAAGCCAAAGUCCAGCCCGACAGCCCUAAAUGUUUCCAUGGCAAUGGCACUUACGAGUGUGGCAUCUGCCUCUGCCACCCAGGUCGCCUGGGCCCACACUGUGAGUGUGCAGAGGGCGACUACAGCACCACAGAGCAGGACCGCUGCAGUGGACCUACAGGUGCGGGAGGCCCGCACUCCAUCUGUAGUGGGCGCGGAGACUGCGUGUGCGGCCAGUGCGUGUGUCACAGCAGUGACUUUGGAAAAGUUUGGGGCAAGUUGUGCGAGUGUGACGACUUCAACUGUCUCCGCUACAAAGGAGAACUCUGCUCAGGCCACGGCGUCUGUAACUGUGGUUUCUGCCAGUGUGACCCAGACUGGCAAGGGGAGAACUGUAACUGCUCCAGGCGCACUGACACCUGCAUGUCAACUCUGGGUCUGUUGUGCAGUGGGAGGGGCCAGUGUGUGUGUGGGGCCUGUGAGUGCACCCAACCUGGGGUUUACGGGGCCACGUGUGACAAGUGCCCUACCUGCCCUGAUGCCUGCACCAUGAAGAAGGAGUGCGUGGAGUGCAAGCACUUCAAGAGAGGAAGACUGUUUGACGACAACACCUGCUCUCAGAUCUGCAAGGAUGAGAUUGUACUUGUGGAUGAAAUAGUGCUCCAUGAUACGAACGCCGUGAACUGCACCUACAAAGAUGAGGAUGACUGCGUGGAGCGUUUCCAGUAUUAUGAGGACUCCAGUGGCAAGUCCAUCCUGUUUGUCCUCCAAGAGCCAGACUGUCCCAAAGGUCCAGACAUUUUGGUGGUUCUUUUGUCAGUGGCUGGAGCCAUCUUGUUCCUUGGUCUGGCCGCUCUGCUCAUCUGGAAACUGCUGGUCACCAUCCACGACAGACGAGAGUUUGCCAGAUUUGAGGAAGAACGGACUCGUGCCAAGUGGGACACGGGACACAAUCCUCUGUACAAAGGACCCACCUCCACCUUUAAAAACAUCACAUACAGAGGGAAAGACUGAUGCUACUGAACAAAGAUGAAGAGGAGAAGAUAAAAACAAGGGACUUUUUCCGGGAGGGUGACGAAUCAUGUGCAGGCCUCUACUGUCACAAGACAAUAAUGACUAAUUAUUUGUGAUUGUAAAUAUGUAGAAAUGAUUCCGAAGAUGUUAUUUACUUUUCAGGGAUUUGCCAUAAAAUGUCCACUUCUACUACACUGAUAAGUAAGAUAUUGUUUUGUGUGUUUGCGAUUGAGAACUGUUGUGUUUGCAGUCCAGAAUAAAUGUUAAGUGUACUCAGACUCUCACCCCCCCCCCCCCCCCCCCCCCCCCCCGCCAUUAGCUUCAACCAUGUAUAUUAUUUUUUUUAAUGUUUGUCCAUUAAAAACUACUGAAAUCACAUGAUUUUGAAAAUGUAAUAUACAGUGUAUAUCCUUACUCCCUUGUCAGGAUUUGAAUAUAUCAAACAGCACAAUCUUGUCAGUUUUAACUGGUGUCAUUGUGCUUGGAAUAACCACCAGUGGAAAACUGCAUUUAAGAAGAAAAAAAAACCCACUGGCAGUAAAGUCUAUGGUUUAGUGGCUGGAGAGUGGAAAGUUUCCUCGGCCAAAUUCUCUAUAGGAUCAGGUACAACUAAGCCUCAAGUGGAAAAUGUAUUUGGGGAAUGUUAUAUUUGGUCGUACAAUGGAAAUCAUAUCAUCACUAAAUGGUUGGUUUUGCUUGGA